CGGGCGCGGCGGGGCGGAGCGGCUGGAGAAGCGGCGGGCGGGCUGGCGGGUGUCCGGGCGGAGACCCGGCCCGGGACCGGCGGCGCGCGGCGGCCGAGGCCCAGCUCCAGGAGAAGCUCGCCCGAGCCCGGGAGGCAUGCUGAAGCCGGGCGGCCGGCAGGAUGAGUGUGCAAGAGGCGGGCAGCUCCGGCCGCCGGGAGCAGGCAGCCUACCACCUGUACAUCUACCCACGGCUGUCCACCACCGAGGGCCAGGCCUCGUGCCGAGUGACCGCCACCAAGGACAGCACCACAUCCGACGUCAUCAAGGAUGCCAUCGCCAGCCUGCGGCUAGAUGUCACCAAGUGCUACGUGCUGGUGGAGGUCAAGGAGUCGGGCGGGGAGGAGUGGGUGCUGGACGCCAACGACUCGCCGGUGCAUCGUGUGCUGCUGUGGCCCCGGCGGGCUCAGGACGAGCACCCGCAGGAGGACGGCUACUACUUCCUGCUGCAGGAGCGCAACGCAGACGGGACCAUCAAAUAUGUGCACAUGCAGCUGGUGGCCCAGGCCACGGCCGCCCGGCGCCUGGUGGAGCGCGGCCUCUUGCCGCGACAGCAGGCAGACUUUGAUGACCUCUGCAACCUCCCCGAGCUGACCGAGGACAACCUCUUGAAGAACCUCAAGCACCGCUUCCUGCAGCAGAAGAUCUACACGUACGCGGGGAGCAUCCUCGUGGCCAUCAACCCCUUCAAGUUCCUCCCCAUCUACAACCCCAAGUACGUGAAGAUGUACGAGAACCAGCAGCUGGGCAAGCUGGAGCCGCACGUCUUCGCGCUGGCCGACGUGGCCUACUACGCCAUGCUGAGGAAGCGCAUCAACCAGUGCAUCGUGAUCUCGGGCGAGAGCGGCUCCGGCAAGACCCAGAGCACCAACUUCCUGAUCCACUGCCUCACCGCCCUCAGCCAGAAGGGCUACGCCAGCGGCGUGGAGAGGACCAUCCUGGGGGCCGGCCCUGUGCUGGAGGCCUUCGGGAACGCCAAGACAGCCCACAACAACAACUCCAGCCGCUUCGGGAAAUUCAUCCAAGUCAACUACCUGGAGAGCGGCAUUGUGAGAGGAGCUGUGGUUGAAAAAUAUCUGCUUGAAAAGUCUCGCCUGGUCUCUCGGGAGAAGGAUGAGAGGAACUACCACGUGUUUUAUUAUUUGUUACUCGGUGUCAGCGAGGAAGAGCGCCAAGAAUUUCAGCUUAAGCAGCCUGAAGAUUAUUUCUACCUCAACCAGCAUAACUUGAACAUUGAAGAUGGAGAAGACCUGAAACAUGACUUUGAGAGACUCAAGCAGGCCAUGGAGAUGGUGGGCUUCCUGCCGGCCACUAAGAAACAGAUUUUUUCCGUCCUGUCAGCCAUCCUGUACCUGGGCAACGUCACUUACAAGAAGAGAGCCACGGGCCGCGACGAAGGCCUGGAGGUCGGGCCCCCCGAGGUGUUGGACACGCUGUCCCAGCUCCUGAAGGUGAAGCGAGAAAUCCUGGUGGAAGUUCUGACCAAAAGAAAAACAGUGACCGUCAAUGACAAGCUCAUCCUGCCCUACAGCCUCAGCGAGGCCAUAACUGCCCGUGACUCCAUGGCCAAGUCGCUGUACAGUGCCCUGUUCGACUGGAUUGUGCUGCGGAUCAACCACGCCCUCCUCAACAAAAAGGACAUGGAAGAGGCCGUCUCGUGCUUGUCCAUCGGGGUCCUCGACAUCUUUGGGUUUGAAGACUUUGAGAGGAACAGCUUUGAACAGUUCUGCAUCAACUACGCCAACGAGCAGCUCCAGUAUUACUUCAAUCAGCACAUUUUUAAGCUAGAGCAGGAGGAGUACCAGGGGGAGGGGAUCGCCUGGCACAACAUCGACUACACGGACAACGUGGGCUGCAUCCAGCUCAUCAGCAAGAAGCCCACCGGCCUCUUCCACCUGCUGGACGAGGAGAGCAACUUCCCCCACGCCACGAGCCAGACCCUGCUGGCCAAGUUCAAACAGCAGCACGAAGACAACAAGUACUUCCUGGGCACCCCAGUCAUGGAACCCGCAUUCAUCAUCCAGCAUUUUGCGGGAAAAGUGAAAUACCAAAUCAAGGACUUCCGGGAGAAAAACAUGGACUACAUGCGUCCCGACAUCGUGGCCCUUCUGCGGGGCAGUGAUAGCUCCUACGUCCGGGAGCUCAUCGGCAUGGAGCCCGUGGCUGUAUUCCGCUGGGCCGUGCUCCGGGCCGCCAUCCGGGCCAUGGCCGUGAUGCGGGAGGCCGGGCGUCUGCGGGCCGAGAGAGCUGAGAAGGCUGCAGCAGGUAUGGGCAGCCCUGGUGCCCAGAGUCACCUGGGAGAACUGCCAAGAGGAGCCAACACCCCAUCAGAAAAACUAUACCGCGGCUCAGUGCUAGAUUUCUCAUUUGACUGCUCUGAGGAGUUCGAUAUUAACGCUUUUGAGGACAUCAUUGCUUUCUAUGAAAGCAAGAACGAUUUGCAUAACCAAAUCAUCAAGAGCAUCAAAGGACUGCCCUGGCAGGGCGAGGACCCCCGUAGGCUUCUCCAGUCCCUCAGUCGGCUCCAGAAACCCCGCGCCUUCAUCCUGAAGAGUAAAGGUAUCAAACAAAAGCAGAUCAUUCCAAAGAACCUGCUGGACUCCAAGUCCCUGAAGCUCAUCAUCAGCAUGACCCUGCAUGACCGCACCACCAAGUCCCUGCUGCACCUGCACAAGAAGAAGAAGCCACCCAGCAUCAGCGCUCAGUUCCAGACGUCCCUGAACAAGCUCCUGGAGGCCCUGGGGAAGGCGGAGCCCUUCUUCAUCCGCUGCAUCCGCUCCAAUGCUGAGAAGAAAGAGCUGUGUUUCGAUGACGAGCUGGUCCUGCAGCAGCUGCGCUACACCGGCAUGCUGGAGACGGUGCGCAUCCGGCGAUCUGGCUACAGUGCAAAGUACACGUUCCAGGACUUCACAGAGCAGUUCCAGGUGCUGCUCCCCAAAAACGCCCAGCCCUGCAGGGAGGUCAUCGCUGCCCUCCUGGAGAAGAUGAACGUGGACAAGAGGAGCUACCAGAUCGGGAAGACCAAGGUCUUCCUGAAGGAGACAGAGCGGCAGGCCCUGCAGGAGACGCUGCACCAGGAGGUGGUCCGCAAGAUCCUGCUGCUCCAGAGCUGGUUCCGGAUGGUGCUGGAGCGCAGGCGCUUCCUGCAGAUGAAGCGGGCGGCCGUCACCAUCCAGGCCUGCUGGCGCUCCUACUGUGUGUGGCGGGCAGUGGAGAGGACGCAGGCGGCCGUGUACCUCCAGGCCGUGUGGAGGGGCUACCGACAGCGCAAGGCCUAUCGCCGUCGGAGACAGAGCAUCAUCCGCCUGCAGAGCCUCUGCCGGGGGCACCUGCAGCGCAGGAGCUUCAGCCUGAUGGUCUCAGAGAAGCGGAAGGCCGAGGAGCAGCUGCGGGAAGCCCAGCAAGCCGCGAGGACAGAGCCCCCACGGGGCCAGCCAGGCCCUGUGGCCGGCGAGGAGCAGAGCGCCGAGCAGGGCCCAGGGCCCACGGCAGGCAGCGAGUGCCCCAUGUUGGAGCCCGAGGCGUUGCCCAGCCGCAGGUCCCCAGCAGGCAUCUCCCCACCAGAGAAAGAGGUGCCCAGUGCUGAGAAGGAAGUCCCUCCCCCGAAGAGCGUGACCGCGGAGGGUCACGAGAAAGCCCCCAGCAGCCGGGAGAAGCGAGAGUCGCGUCGGCAAAGGGGGCUGGAGCACGUGGAGUUGCAGAACAAGCACAUCCAAUCCUGCAAGGAGGAGGGCGCCUUCAGAGAACCUUCCAGAAAGACCAUCCUGGAGCUGGGGGGCGGCCUCCCUGAAGACUGGAAGGAGAGCAGGAGAGGCGAAGCCCUGGCCGAGGCAGAGACAGAGGCUGCAGGCGCCCCCAGGAAGCCUUCUGUGGAGUCCCCGCCGGCUCUGGCCGUCAGCAAGGCCCCCGCAGACCUGGAGAAGGCGCCCCCCGAAGGGAGCCCCAGGCCCAGCCCCAUGCGGCGGCCAACCAGCCUGGCCCUGGACAGCAGGGUGGGCCCGUCUGUGCCGGACAGCACCCCCGAGACCCCUAAGAACAAGGGCAAGACUGGCGGCAGCCCGAGGGCUCAGGACAAGCCUGAGAGCCCUGGAGGCUCCACCCAGAUCCAGCGGUACCAGCACCCGGACAGCGAGCGGCUGGCCAACGUCGUAGAGCUGUGGAGGGGCAAGAAACUGAUGGCCGCUGCGGGCUCCAGCACCAUGCUGAGCCAGUCUCUGGAUCUCAGUGACAGGCACUGGAGCAUGGGGACCGCCCUAACACCCACAGAGGAGCGGCGCACCUCCUUGCCCACGAGUGACAUCUCCGGGCUCUCCCCCGCCAGGGCACAGCCGUCAGCAGAAACCGAAGGGGAGCUGAGCACAAAGAAGCCAGCCGUUCAGAAGAAGAAGUCAGGAGACAUCUCCUCUAGCCUGGAUGCAGGGCUGUCCCCAGGCUCCCAGCCUGACUCUAAAUCCACGUUUAAGAGACUCUUCCUACAUAAAACUAAGGACAAAAAGUACAUCCUGGAGGGCACGGAGGAGGCAGAGAGCCCCGCGGCAGGCCAUGCUGUGCCCGAAGCCGCGGCCUCGAGGAAGAGUGCAGAAGCCCUCUCCGGCCACCCACACCGCCACACAGCAGGCGAGAAGCACACCAAGGAGACAGGGGGCAAAGGGAAGAAGAACCGAAACCUCAAGGUCGGCAAGAUCACGGUGUCUGAGAAGUGGCGGGAGUCAGUGUUCCGUAAGAUCACCAACGCCAACGAGCUCAAGUUCCUGGACGAGUUCCUGCUCAACAAGAUAAAUGACCUGCGCUCCCAGAAGACCCCCAUUGAGAGCUUAUUCACCGAGGCCACUGAGAAGUUCAGGAGCAACAUCAAAACCAUGUACUCCGCCCCGAAUGGGAAAAUCCACGUGGGCUACAAAGACCUCAUGGAGAACUACCAGAUAGUCGUCAACAACCUGGCCACAGAGCGCGGCGAGAAGGACACCAACCUGGUCCUCAACCUCUUCCAGUCACUGCUGGACGAAUUCACACGUGGCUACACCAAGAAUGACUUUGAGCCUGCAAAGCAGAGCAAAGCUCAGAAGAAGAAGCGGAAGCAGGAGCGUGCCGUCCAGGAGCACAACGGGCACGUGUUUGCCAGCUACCAGGUGAGCAUCCCGCAGUCCUGCGAGCAGUGCCUCUCCUACAUCUGGCUCAUGGACAAGGCCCUGCUCUGCAGUGUGUGCAAGAUGACCUGCCACAAGAAGUGUGUGCACAAGAUCCAGAGCUACUGCUCCUACACGUGUGGGAGGAAGAGCGAGCCAGGCGCUGAGCCAGGCCAUUUUGGCGUGUGCAUGGACAGCCUGACCAGUGACAAGGCCUCAGUGCCCAUCGUGCUGGAGAAGCUUCUGGAACACGUAGAGAUGCACGGCCUGUACACUGAGGGCCUCUACCGCAAGUCAGGUGCUGCCAACCGGACUCGGGAGCUCCGGCAAGCGCUGCAGGCAGACCCCGCGGCAGUGCGGCUGGAGGACUUCCCCAUCCACGCCAUCACGGGCGUGCUGAAGCAGUGGCUGCGGGAGCUGCCUGAGCCCCUCAUGACCUUUGCCCACUACGGCGACUUCCUCCGGGCCGUCGAGCUCCCAGGGAAACAGGAGCAGCUGGCCGCCAUCUACGCGGUGCUGGAGCACCUGCCAGAGGCCAACCACAACUCCCUGGAGAGGCUUGUCUUCCACCUCGUCAAGGUGGCCCUGCUGGAGGAUGUGAACCGCAUGUCUCCCGGGGCUCUGGCCAUCAUCUUCGCACCCUGCCUCCUGCGCUGCCCCGACAACUCGGACCCGCUGACCAGCAUGAAGGACGUCCUGAAGAUCACCACGUGCGUGGAAAUGUUGAUCAAAGAGCAGAUGAGGAAGUACAAAAUAAAGAUGGAGGAGAUCAACCAGCUGGAGGCUGCGGAGAGCAUCGCCUUCCGAAGGCUCUCGCUCCUGCAACAAAAUGCUCCCUGGCCUCUCAAACUGGGGUUUUCGUCUCCCUAUGAGGGGGUCCUGAACAAGAGCCCCAAGGCCCAGGUGAGCAGGGACAGCAGCCUGGAGGAGCUAGAAGUGCUGCCUGAGGAGGAGGCAGGGGCUGGUGACGAGGACCGAGAGAAGGAGAUCCUCAUGGAACGGAUCCAGUCCAUCAAGGAGGAGAAGGAGGACAUCACCUACCGGCUACCAGAGCUGGACCCAAGGGGCUCUGACGAGGAAAACCUAGACUCGGAGACGUCAGCCAGCACCGAGAGCCUGCUGGAGGAACGGGCCGGGCGGGGGGCCUCGGAAGGGCCCCCCACGCCUGCUCUCCCCUGCCCCAGUGCGCCCACCCCGAGCCCCCUCCCCACGGCAGCCGCCCCUCCACGACGAAGGCCAUCCUCCUUCGUCACGGUCAGAGUGAAGACCCCCCGGCGGAACCCCGUCAUGCCCAUGGCCAACAUCAAGCUCCCGCCUGGCCUGCCCAUCCACCUUCACGGAUGGGCGCCCAGGGCCCAGGAGGCUGCUGUCCCAGUGAGGCGCCGAGAGCCCCCUGCCCGCCGCCCGGACCAGGUUCACUCAGUGUACAUCACGCCCGGGGUGAGCCUGCCUGCGCAGGGUGCCCUGGAACCCCUGGAAGAGGACGACCGGCCUCCUGGGUUCAAGCGGAGGUACUCAGACCCCCCAAUGUACCGCCUGCCCCCCGCCUCGGGUCAAGCCAACGGCUGAAGGUGCCAGCGACAGUCUGCGUGUCUGAGGACAGCCCUGUGCUGGAGCCGGGCACCUGAGCUGUGGAGCCAGCCUCUAGCAGAAAGACCCAGAACAAACAGCUCUAAGAGCAGAUCGAGGUAGCCUAGGCUCCAGGUGCAGGCGUGGCAGGACCCCGGGGUCCACGCGGCGCCCCAUGCACCGCGGCGCCUGCAGCACCAGGUCUAUGGCAGCCCGUGUCUCCCCCUUGUGUGUUUUUACAGUAACUGUUUUUUUGUGGUUUACAUAACUUUAAACUGAAACAGCCUUAACGGAAGACCAAAUCGUUUUUUAUAUGUGUAUGUUCAAACUUUUAUAUUAACGCUGUGCGUCUCCCUGGUGACCUGGACUGGUCCUCAGUGCGGGGCCACUCGCUCAGCUACAUGCUGCAUCCAGUCAGUGGGCAGUCAUCGAUCUGGGACCCUGCAAGGAGGGGUUAGCCCCUCGGGGCACCUGACCUCCCCAGUCUGUUUCCAAUGCUCAUCUCCGGCAGCAGCGGCCGCUUGGCCACCUGGCCACGUACAUUCCAGGGAACACUGGAGCCUUCCACAGGGUCAGGCUGUCGGCUAGAGCCAGGAUAUGAAUCAGGAAUGGCCCUCAACCCAGGCAGCACCAACCUCGAAUCCCAGGGAGACCUGAAUGUGCUGUCUCAGCUCUCUACCGUGCCUGGAUGCCGGAGGCUCUAGGAGGCUGCCCUGGACACUGCCUGCCCUGUGUGACAUGAGCCAGUGACUCAGGACCAUUAGGGGUGGGUUGGGUAGGGCAGGGAGGGCAAAGCCUGCAGUGCACAUCCCUGCAGCAGCAGCAGCCUGGGGGUGCGGGGAGUGGAGCCUCCCCUCUCAAGCUCCACCCACUCCCCCGGGCACUUGGACACUUGGCCACAGGCCUGGGACAAAGGGCACUCUGCACAAGGUGUGAAAUAAAGAAAAAGUGCCUGUGA